UUUAAGCUGACACGGGCCUUUUCUCUUCUGGGUUUAAUCUGAAAUUUUAUCAUCCUUUAUCUCUGAGCUUAUUUUUUCCUCACAAAUUUGCUUGACUUUUCCACGCUUUCACAAUGAGUCUCUGAUCCCACUUUCCUGUAUUGGUUCUAAAACCCUGGGCUCAAUCCUUCCCAACCCACUUCCCUGUAAAGAUGAAGUCUUCAACUCGGCUGGACUCGGCGCUGUUCCAACUCACCCCAACUCGGACCAGGUGCGAUCUGGUUAUAUACGCAAAUGGAAAGACAGAGAAAAUAGCUUCCGGUUUGUUGAAUCCAUUUCUGUCCCACUUGAAGACUGCGCAAAAACAGAUGGCCAGGGGUGGUUAUUCAAUUAUUCUUGAGCCAGAGUCCGGCAGUGAUGCAACAUGGUUUACAAAGAGUACGGUGGAAAGGUUUGUUCGCUUUGUGAGCACCCCAGAGAUCUUGGAACGGGUGUACACUUUAGAAUCUGAGAUUUUACAGAUUGAAGAGGCAAUUGCAAUUCAAGGAAAUAAUGAGAUGGGACUUAUUCAUGUAGAGGACAAUCAUGGAAAACCUGUAGAUAGCAUUGAAGGAAACAAGCUUUUGCUAGAUGCUAAUGAAGAGAAAGCAAUUGUCCUUUACCAGCCUGAUGCCCAACCUGAAGCAAAUGGACCCACUGCACAAGGGGAAAAUUCAAAAGUUCAGCUUUUAAAAGUCCUGGAGACACGCAAAACUAUGCUGCAGAAAGAGCAAGGUAUGGCUUUUGCACGUGCUGUUGCCGCAGGUUUUGACGUUGAUCAUUUGGCACCAUUGAUAUCAUUUGCUGAAUGCUUUGGGGCUUCACGCUUAAUGGAUGCUUGUAGAAGAUAUAAGGAACUGUGGAAAAGAAAGCAUGAAACUGGGCAGUGGCUUGAAGUUGAAGCUGCUGAAGCAAUGUCUAACCGAUCAGAAUUCUCUGCCAUGAAUGCAUCAGGCAUAAUGCUUACGAGUGCAACCAACCAACAAGUAACUGCAGAAGAAAAUCCUCCCAUGGAGCAUCAACCACCAUUAAGCCACCAAGAAUAUUUUCCUGGCCAGUUUCCCCAUCAGAUGUACCCUCCCUGGCCUGUUCAUUCUUCUCCAGGUGCAUUACCAGUGUAUCCACCAUAUCCUAUGCAAGGCAUGCCUUAUUAUCAGAAUUACCCAGGAAGUAGCCCAUUUUUUCAGCCACCUUAUCCAACAGUAGAAGAUCCUAGACUCAAUCAAGGUCAAAGAAUACAGAAAAGGCACUCCAUGGAUAGCAGUAGUGGAAAUACUGAAUCAGAUGAUCCGGAGUUGGAGAAGGGUUUUUCAAAAAGUCACGAAUCAGGAAAGAAGGCUAGCCGCUCAGGUAAAAAGCAAUCAGGCAGGGUUGUCAUUCGGAACUUAAAUUACAUCACUGCAAAGGGGAAGAAUUCUUCAGAUAGCGAAUCAGCUAGUGACUCUCAAACUGAUGAGGACAAUGGAGAUUUUGAGGGUGGCAUUCCAGGGAAGAAGGUUGUGCACCCUCAUAAAUCCUCGAAAAUAAAAGAAACUGUUCCUAUGAAGGAGGGAGAUGAGGGGAACUGGCAGGCAUUUCAAAAUUUCUUACUCAGAGAUCCUGAUGAAGACAGACGCGAUCUUGACCAAGGCAUGUUUUCUAAUGAAAAGAAGAGUCAACUGAAAAGACAACAAACUAACCUGGGGGAUGAUCCUUUAGUUUCUGGCGGUCAAGAUAGGGGAGAAAUUCAAGAAGGAAAUACAACAGAUAUUAAUAAAUUUAGUGGAAAUGUUACCCGCAUGCGAAAGUCAUCAAUUGAUCAAAUGUUGAUAUCUGCAAGAGAUGAUCAGUUGGGGCAUGGUAAUGGGCGAAUGGAUUUACGGACUACAGAAAUAGAUGGCAGAACGGGUGGUUAUAGAAGGGCUGCCACUGAUGAUUUUAUGAUUCAUGGACAUAAUAACCAGUCAGGUUUUACAAGUUCUCCCUCGGAUCCGCUUGCAAUAAAUGGAUUUGAUCGUGCAACCAGCAGUUUGGAUAGGAGGUCUUCUCACAUGGAUGAUGAUUCAUACAUAGUUCCAUUGAGGUCAAUUUCACUAGACCAUCUCGAAAACAAUGACAGAAAUGCUAUUGACAUGGGCUCUGAGUUCCCAUCAGCAGCCCAGAAGGUGGAAAACUCCCAAGUUAAUUAUGAGCCAGAUGAAUUGACUUUAAUGCCUGAGCGUGGUGCAGAGAAGGGUUCAACAGGCUACGACCCUGCUUUGGAUUAUGAAAUGCAAGGUGCUUCUCUGGAUAAGAAGCAUAAGGAGGAUUUGAGUGACAAGCAAGGGUCUAAGAAGCCCGACAAGGAUAAGAAAUCAAAAAUGGUUUCAGAUAGUUCGGAUAAGAAGAUUGGAGGACCAAUAAGGAGAGGAAAGCCCUCAAAAUUGAGUCCUUUGGAUGAAGCGCGGACGCGUGCUGAGAAACUAAGAAGCUAUAAAGCUGAUCUUCAGAAAAUGAAGAAAGAGAAGGAAGAAGAAGAGAUGAAACGGCUGGAAGCUUUAAAGAUACAGAGGCAAAAGAGGAUUGCUGCUCGAGGUGGUACCAUCCCUGCUAUGUCACCAUUGCCCUCACUGCAAACCAGGAAACAAGGGCCGACAAAACUAUCUCCGAGUACUCACAAAGGAUCAAAGUUUAGUGAUUCAGAGCCUGGGUCAUCAUCUCCUUUGCAAAGGAUGCCCAACAAAACUGGCGUUGUGGGCUCUGCAGAUUCUCACAAAACCUCCAAAUCCAGCAAACUGAGUACCGGAAACCACUCUGCUGGACACAGGUUAACCCAGUCUGUAUCUUCAUUGCCUGAACAAAAGAAAGACAUCGCUGGUGUUGCAAGUAAUGCUAAGCCAUCCAUGGCACGGAUUAGAAGAUUAUCAGAGCCUAAGGUAACUAACAGCCAUCAUGUUACUCCAGUGAAGCCGCGGAGUACUGUAACAGUAUCAAAGCCAAAAGUUUCUGAUGGGCCUGAGAGCAAGAAAAUAUCUGCUAUCGUGAAUUAUGACAAAAGCAAGGCUGCUACUCUCCCAGAAUUGAAAAUCAGGACACCAAAGGGACCUGAUGCUGCCCAGAGCACAUCAACAACAAAAGGAACGACACAGAAAGAUAAUUCUGUGAAGUCUACUUCUGAAGGUGGUCAACUGAGGAGGAAUGAUGACAAAAUUUCACACCAGAGUGAUCGGGAUGACAACCCAGUAAUUAAGAAAACCGUUGUGAUGCUUGAGAAUCCUUCCAUUCCUAUAGUACAUGCAUAUGAAGAAAAAUUGGGGGAUGCAAAAGGACAAAAUAUUAGGGAGAAAUCAGAGGAUGUGUCAGAGUAUGCUGUGAUUCGGGCACCAGUUUCACCACUUACAACUGAUACCAUCAAUAGGGAACCCACUCAUGACCUAUUACAGCAGAAAAUUCAAUCUCAUGAGGGCACCGUGAGUAAUAUACAGAAGGAACCAGCAAAGUCUCCAAGCAAUAGCAUCGUUGGAAAGCCAUAUCAAGCUCCUUAUGUGCGAGUUUCUUCUCUGGAAGAUCCAUGUACUCAGAAUUCUGAGUACGGAAAAGCACCCCCAAACUUAGAGACUGUGGCAACAGGCACAGUGACCAUAAAAGCGUUUGUAUCUGAAUCUAGUAACCUGGAAAAGAUUCCAGAAGCAAUUGAAAGGCCUCAGGCAAAGGAAUCAUCAAAAGGGUUUAGACGGCUGUUAAAGUUUGGGAAAAAGAACCAUGGCUCAUCAUCAGGAGAACGUAAUGUUGAAUCAGAUUACGUCAGCAUAAAUGGUACUGAGGCAGCUGAUAAUGGGACAAACAAUGUUUCUUCUAGUGAAGUGUUUACAUUAAAGAAUCUUAUCUCACAAGAUGAAACUCCUAAUUCCAGCUCUACACUGAAGUCUUCUCGCCAUUUCUCCUUGUUGUCACCAUUCAAAAGUAAGACUAGCGAAAAGAAGCUGACAACGUAACGAUGUGAAUGCUUACGAAAUUGAAGGUGAAGAAGCAACAAGCCUUCUCUUAUUUUGCCACCACUUGGCCGCAAUCUCAGUCAUCAAAGCUAUACAAAUUUUCCUCUCCUGUAUGUUUAAAAGUAAAAUCUUAGUUUUGUUGUUGUUUAACUUGUCCUUGUACAUUCAUAUUAGUUUGUUAGUGUUGCAUGCAAAUUCGUUUGCAGCUCUCCUCUGCGUAAUUUGUAAACUCGACGAUGAUUGUUGUUGGACGGUUUGUUGUGAAUGGGAUUGAUGUCUUGGGUUCUUGGAUCUCA